UCACUCAAAGCCCUGGCCUUCGAACAACUCACCGUGGCCCUCGCGGCUGCCAACCACAAACUCGUCCUCGUACUUGUCCUUCCCUGCACACACCACACCAUGACACGUGGACCGAUGGACCGAUGGAUGGUUGCAUUUGUUUUCGUGUGCUCGUGUCGCUGGCUCACCGUCGUGGGGGACGACGAUGCCGUCCGGGAGCAUCAUAUCUGCCUUCAAGAAGGCGGCAGGGGCGGGCACGGGCACCAGCUCCUCUAUCAGUAGAUCCAUAAUCGACAGGGCUGGCUCUUCUACGUAGUCGGCCUGCACGCAGCCAUCACACAGAGAAAGAGAGAAGAUGAAAUGCGGCCGAGAGUGGGGGAGAUGGGAAGAGAGAAACAUUUACUGGGUAGCAUGAUGUGCCCUUUUCCUGACCGUCUUGGUGGUGUUGGAUGUGUCAUUCUGCCCUGCUGCCCAACCCGUGAGAUAAUCCCACACACGCUUGUCAGACAGCAGACGGGAGCCGGUCAACGAGGGGAGUGCACCACGUGGCAU